GAAACUGGCAGCAACACUGGAAAAACUGCUAAACUUAAACUCAGCAUAGGAAACCUCAUUGGGGCAGAAGCAGAGGGCAAAACAUCAAAGCAUCUAAUGAAAUACCUAAGGGACACUGGAUUAAUGGAGAGGAUAUAGAACUUUGUAUUUCGCUUUACCUUUUUGUUUGUUUGGUUUGUUUUGACUGCCACGCUCCUGUUCCACACUCCAGACCGGUAGGUGGCGGUAAUGCGCCUGAUAAGCUGGUUGCCAACCGCCAAUCGAAUCAGAAGAAGAAGAAGAAGAAGAAGAAGAAGAAGAACAAGAGGAAGUAGCAGUAAACAAUAAAAGGGCGGCAGUCGUUUCGCAAAUGACUGAGUUAACUUCGGGAGGUUAAUCUAUGAGUUAAACGUCGAGCCACAUUUACUGUAGCCUACUUUAGACAAUAAUGUGUUCAGCUGAGUCUUUGAGAGAGUUUGUCAAGGAGCGACUAACUGCUGCUGCUGCUGCUGAAGAAAUAUUGGGAGCUUUUAAAAGAACCAUCGUCGAGUACGAGGAAGAGAUCGAUCGGCAGCGCAGACUGUUGGAUAUCGUUUUGAAGCCUGAAAUAAAGUUACACAGGACAGAGCUCCCACAGCAACAUGUGUGUAAGGAGGAGGAGGUUGUCACUGAGCAGCAGCUCUGUACUGAGGAGAGGAAGUCCAGUGUGGACCAAGAGGAGCCAGAGCCUCCACAGAUUAAAGAGGAAGAGGAGGAAGUGUGCAGCAGUCAGGAGAGAGAGCAGCUUGUAGUGAAGCAGGAGACUGAUGGCUUUAUGUUGACUCCUGCUGAUGAGGAAAGUGAGCACAGUGAAGAUCAGACUCUGGACUUCAUUCAUGAUGACACUCAAAGUGCAGCAGAGAAAGAGUCUGUCGUCAUCAUACCAGUUAUAAGCUAUGUGAUACCAAGCAGUGACCACCAGCUGCUCUCUCACAACUCUGUUGAGUAUUUGAGAGAGUUUGUCAAGGAGCGACUAACUGUUGCUGCUGAAGAUAUAUUGGGAGUUUUUAAAAGAACCAUCGUCGCGUACGAGGAAGAGAUCGAUCGGCAGCGCAGACUGUUAGAUAUCGUUUUGAAGCCUGAAAUAAAGUUACACAGGACAGAGCUCCCACAGCAACAUGUGUGUAAGGAGGAGGAGGUUGUCACUGAGCAGCAGCUCUGUACUGAGGAGAGGAAGUCCAGUGUGGACCAAGAGGAGCCAGAGCCUCCACAGAUUAAAGAGGAAGAGGAGGAAGUGUGCAGCAGUCAGGAGAGAGAGCAGCUUGUAGUGAAGCAGGAGACUGAUGGCUUUAUGUUGACUCCUGCUGAUGAGGAAAGUGAGCACAGUGAAGAUCAGACUCUGGACUUCAUUCAUGAUGACACUCAAAGUGCAGCAGAGAAAGAGUCUGUCGUCAUCAUACCAGUUAUAAGCUAUGUGAUACCAAGCAGUGACCACCAGCUGCUCUCUCACAACUCUGUUGAGUAUUUGAGAGAGUUUGUCAAGGAGCGACUAACUGCUGCUGCUGAAGAUAUAUUGGGAGUUUUUAAAAGAACCAUCGUCGCGUACGAGGAAGAGAUCGAUCGGCAGCGCAGACUGUUAGAUAUCGUUUGA